GUUUCGUGUUUGAGUUGGUGGUUGUGUGCUGAAGUGCCUUCUGCACGGAACACUUUUUAAUACAGAAAUCUGACUUAUUUAUAAAGCAAUUUAAUCUGUACGUGCAAUGCCAUCAGAAGCUAAAUAGUUUGUUCGUAUGGUGCAAGACGACUGAUGGCCGACCAUUGAGUUGCCUUAUUUGGUGACGUCUUUGUCCGUCGAUCACAUAUUGUGAGGUCGCUUGACUGAAAACUAGGGGUCACCGGCAGCAACUGUAACUCUAUUGGCUGGGAUCAUGGUCAGCUACUACCGGGUCCUGGACGUUUCGCGAAAUGCGACCACAGCGGAGAUCAAGAAGGCGUACCGGACAUUAGCACUAAAAUGGCAUCCGGAUAAAAAUCCAGAUAAUUUGGACGAAGCAAAUAAAAAAUUCAAAGAAAUUUCAGAAGCGUACGAAGUUCUGUCUGACGACGCCAAACGUCGGAUGUACGACGCUCAUCAGCACCAACGACCCGGCACGCAUUCCUCUAAGGUCCCGCGAAACUUCAACUUCCGUGGAUUUUUCGAGUCGCCGUUCCAUCGUUUCUUUGAGAAGAAACGCCGAAUGUAUGACAAAUAUGGAAAGGAGGAUUAUUCACAAGCGUCUCGAGGCCGUUCAAGGCAUUAUGGUGCUGCUCCAAGUGAUGACAUACACGAUUUCUUCACCACUUUCCGUGAUCCUGAAGAAGUGUUCAGAGAGUUCUUCGGUGGACGUUCCCCGUUUGGUGAUCUCUUCCAAGAUUUCAGCCGGGGUCAAGGACAGGGCCAUCACCAGCGCAACUCCCAUCCACAGAACUUGAUUAGUUCUUUGAUCUACAAUCCAUUCGCUUCACAAGAACUUCGCAUGCCAGGUUUUGAAGACCUGUUCAGCGCCGGUCAACUAAGCUCUGGGGGCUUCACAUCAUUCUCAUCUCUUAGCAAUGUCAGCGGACCAAGUGGUGGAACUGUUAAGAGGACGUCAACUUCCACCAGAUUCAUUGAUGGAAAGAAGAUAAUGACUAAGAAGAUUUACGAAAAUGAAAGGGAGACUACGAUGGUAUACGAGAAUGAUAUCCUCAUCUCGAAGACUGUAAACGGUGUUCCUCAAUCCAUCACCUCCAGUUAAAUAUAUUGCUUCAAAUGUUAAAUUAUUUCAUUCAUGAAGAUGAGAUAGGCCACAAGAGACUGACUAUUUUAUCUGUUUCUUUUCUGUCUAUUUCUAGCAAGAGUAUGUAUAAAGGAGAAAUUUGCCAAUUGCUGCCAUGUCUUUUUUCUUUUUUGUGGACCACAUAUACCAAUAUACAUACAUACACACAUUUCAAAUAAACAUUGUAGGAAGCUGGUGUGACUGAUGGUUAAAUUUACUGCUGUUAAUGUUGAGUGAGUGGAUGUGGUUACAGUGAGAAAGUGGUAUGUACCAUGGAUCAGUGAGCAUUUGUUGUUCGUUUCAGUUAACUUAGGACAGUUGGUUUCUGCAUUUUCUUGUGAAGGAUGAAGACACUUGAAUAGUGUUUUAUUUUAUUUGAAUCAGUUAAGUUUCACUAAAAGAAAAUUGUUACUGCUAAGCCAGAAAGUUUUUCCCUAAGUCAUUAUGCCAGUAAAUUAAGAAUGAAGAUAUGUAAGACAAAAUACCCCAUAAUGUUUUGUGAACUCUGUGGAUAAAGGGACAAAGAUGUGCCUGUUUCCUGUUCCUUUGAAGAAUAUUACAUAAGUUAAUCUAAAACAUUUUGUUCUAACAUUUAUUUGUAUCAGUCAAAUCUGAAUUGUCUUGAAAAUAAAGGGAACAGUAAUACUAA